GGUUCACUCUUAUAAGCUUUAUUUUCAGCUACAUACACCUCCAUUAUAUUAAUGGCUUCUAGGGUUAAGGUGUGGUUUGCCAUUGCAACUUUACUGGUAAUGUUGUUGAGCUUAAAGCCUCAGCUAGCAGAGGGGGAACAGCCCCAAGUCCCUUGUUACUUCAUCUUUGGUGACUCUUUAGUUGACAAUGGCAACAACAAUAACCUUGCCACUGAAGCAAAGGCAAACUAUCUUCCUUAUGGAAUUGAUUUUCCUGAUGGCCCUACUGGCAGAUUCAGCAAUGGCAAGAAUUUGGCAGACUACUUAGCGGAAUUCCUUGGCUUCAACAACUCCAUUCCGCCGUUGGCCGCCGCAACCACGACGGCGGGAAUGCUUAAGGGUGUGAAUUAUGCAUCUGGUGCCGGUGGAAUCCUUGAAGAGUCAGGAACCCAUAUGGGGGAAGUUAUCAGUAUGAACAAACAACUGGUGAACCAUGGCGCGACAGUGGCAAGAAUCGCACUGUAUCUGAAGAGUAUCCGCUCUGCUCGAGACUAUCUAAACAAGUGCUUUUACAGUGUUGGAAUGGGUAACAAUGACUACAUAAACAAUUACCUCAUGCCUCAGAAUUACACUUCAAGCAGUUUAUACACUCCAGACCAAUUUGCAGAACUUCUUGUCAAAAAAUACUCUGUGCAGCUAAGGACAUUGUAUGCACUGGGAGCUAGGAAAGUAGCCGUGUUUGGGGCAGGAGUGUUAGGAUGCAUUCCGGAGGAGAUGGAGACGCAUGGCAACGGAUCGCUCUCCUGCGUUGACUCAGUCAAUACUGUGGUUCAGAAGUUCAACGACAGGAUGAAACCACUCAUAGACGAUCUGAAUGCCAACUUAUCAGGCGCAAAAUUCAUCCUUAUAAACAUGACUAGCCUUGCCCUGGGAGAUCCAUCAGUCAUCGGCAUCAACAACAUAAACCAAGCAUGUUGCCAAGUUUCAACAACGAAAGCAAAGGGGCAGUGCGAGCCAGGGCAAGUGCCAUGUAGCAAUAGAAAUGCAUACAUGUUUUGGGAUAAUUUUCAUCUCACAGAUAUUGGAAAUUUGGGCACGGCCACAAGAUCAUACACCGCUACCCUUCCCACUGAUGCCUAUCCCAUGGAUAUUAGCUCCUUGGUUCAACUUAAUCUGCAAGGAAAAUCAGAUAUAUGACGGAAUUAUUACAGCCACCCGGCCAUUUUUAUUUCUUCAUCGCAAAUCCUUGCAGUGGGUAUUUAAAAUAAUGACAAAUAAUCCUUCAUGUUCGGUA